AUGUUCAAACCGUCCCAGCCAAUGAUGGCGCGCUUGCGCCUGACCACCAAGCAGGUCAAUGGCGGCUACUACAAGGGUAACCGGACAGGUUCGAUGGGUUACUUCGACCACAAGGGCAACUACGUGAUCGACUGGAAGAAAGUCCGCACAUAUGUUGUCCCUGAAGGCCUUGACACAUUCAAACUCACUCCUUUCGUCUCCAAACGCGUGGACUCGACGCCCUCCGCAUACAAGAAGCAGAUCGAACGCAACGGACGGACUUAUACUGUUAUUGACAGCCUGAAGGGUCCUGAUUUCCUGGACCAGUGGUAUUCCAGCAAUCCUGAUGAAGUUCUGGCCCGCGAAACGGCUGAGCAGGAGGCCGUGGACGAGUCCAAGGCCUCAAAGCAAUAA